GUUUCUAUGUGGGGAAGCAUGCUCCAGCAACUCUAAGUGGUUUGGCCACUUGCCUCAGGCCAUUGGCAGUUAGCACACCAGGAAGGAGCUUCAUACAGAGGAGGCAGGGACCUGGGGGAUGUCACCGCUGCUGCUAUGGCUGGGGCUGAUGCUCUGUGUCUCAGGACUCCAAGCUGGAGAUGAGGAAGAACACAAGUGUUUUCUGGAGGGCGAGAACCUGACCCUGACUUGUCCUUACAACAUCAUGCUCUACUCACUAAGCCUGAAGGCCUGGCAGCGGGUCAGAAGCCACGGUUCUCCAGAGACUCUGGUGCUCACAAACACCAGGAAGGCAGACUUCAACGUGGCCAGGGCUGGGAAGUACUUGCUGGAGGAUUAUCCCACCGAAUCUGUCGUCAAGGUCACGGUGACUGGGCUGCAGAGGCAAGAUGUGGGGCUGUACCAGUGUGUGGUCUACCUCUCUCCUGACAAUGUUAUCAUUCUGCAUCACCGGAUACGGCUGACAUGGUGUCAAGGGAAGCCAGUGAUGGUGAUCGUUCUGACGUGUGGCUUCAUACUAAAUAAGGGCCUGGUCUUCUCAGUCCUGUUUGUCUUUCUCUGCAAAGCUGGGCCUAAGGUGUUACAGCCUUCUAAGACAUCCAAAGUACAGGGAGCCUCUGAGAACCAGUAGCCUUCACAAGCUGUGAGCACACCUUCCCUUAUCUAUUAACAACAUACCAGAUGUUCUGUAUUGGGAACAAUCUGGGCCUUCCUACAUUCUCCUUGUGAACUCUAGUUAGCACAUGCUACUCCCAGAGGACAGCUCUGAGGAGAGCUGUGUAGAAGGAGGCUCAUGAGACAUCAGUGAAGAAUGUGAAAUUGAGAGAGAUUUGGACCUUUGAUGGAGCAGUUAAGCAGGACCCACAGAGAAUUCACCUCAAAAUCUUAUCACCAUUUCUCUCCUGCUAACCAGGUCUGCCCUGCUGUGGACUGGUAAAACCUAUAUGAUGUAACCUAUCUCUCUUCUGAUAAUAAAAAAAAAUGUAUUUUUUUC